AUGGCACCCUCGGAAGAAUCUAUCCUGGGCAAUUUCCUACUCUCGCCAGCCCCGCUGCCCACGGUGAUGUCGCUUCAAAAGUUCACAGAUCUUUUUCCAAAGCGUCUAAGGGGACACCCACACAUCAGGACUGUAUAUCGGGAGCUGCAGCAAGUCCGGGAACAAGACAUGGACCGAGUCAAUGCGAGCAUCGAUAGCGAGAUCAAGCAAGGUGAACAGCAGAGAGCAGAGCUGCGGAAAGCCAUCCUUGCCAGUGGAGUUGAAGCCUCAAAUUCGGAAGAGCAGCGUGAGAUGGACAUGGAUCUCCAUAUGUUCGGCCAACCAUCUAGUACGGUACCGGAAGACUACCACUCAGUAGCUAGUCUUUUGGCUGAAAUGGAGACGGCCAGCGUGAAUAUCGAGCAUGAGAUUGCCGGUAUUGACCGAGAGGCUGCAGAGAUUUUGGCUCAACUCAAUACGAUUGUUGGGGAUAUGAGUGAUCUUCGUUAUGGCAAGCUACAGGGUCCGGCUGGGACUGCUGAAGAUAUGGCUGGUGAGGCAAUCAAGGGCCUGCAAAAUCUCGAGGAUGCUUGCUAUAAGAGUAGCACAUCUUGA